ACAGUCGCUGUGGGAGUCUGUGCAUGGCGUGAAGGGGACGUUCAGAGGAAUUCCUGGUGUAUUUUGAAGGGAGGAGCAGCGGAUCUGUGAUGUUUGGAUGGCGCUGGAUUGCUGGUAUUUAUGUGAUUAAGAGAUUCCUCUCCCAAAGUUUCCAAUUGGGGCAGUGGACGAACAUUUACUUAUAAAGAGGGUCGGAGGAAGCGUAUUGACAAUGUUGAUAUUAACCCCUUAUUUUGAUAUUGAGGAUGACGUUAUUCCUUGGCUUUUGAAGUGCAGACUGACCCCACUGGAUGAAAAUGAUUUAUGUACGAGGCCCUCGAGGAAGGAGUUACAAGUUGUCAAUGUUGAAAAGAAUGGUAGUGUCCUGUACACCUGGAAGGGUAUGAAGGGAACCACUUGUAUUGGCGCAUAUGAUCCUCACAACAAGCAAAACAAGCUGCUAUAUGUUUUUGACAAGGAAGUACCUGUGAUUAGUUGCUCUGUCAACAUGGAAAAAACAUUGUUGGCCGUAAGUUUUCUACAGUUUACACGAAGAGAUUUACCAUUCGAAACAUUAAGACCAGUAUCCAGGUGUUUAACCUUGUUGCUUGAAAUUCAACCAGUAAAUAGUACGAAAGUCUUAAAAGCUGUUGACUCCCAUGUGAGAGUUCAGUUUGUCUAUCCCACUUCAGAUGCAAAGCCAUUUCCUGAAAACCACCUGCUGGUAAUUUCUGAGGAUGGAUACAUUGAGCAUAUUCUCAUACCAGUGGUUAUUGAAGAAGAUUACAAAGUGACAGUUCACAAUCCAGAUCGACUUCACAAAGAUAUUGUUGCUGAAGAUAUUUUGUGGGCACAGUGGGAUACACAAGGACAGAGGUUGUUCUAUACGGCUGAAAAGGAGGAAAAUGAUACACUUCUGAUGUGCAUCCAGUUUUACCCCGACAGAAACUACAAAAAGUUGCUUUCAUUUCCUCUUGGAUUCUCUUUAACAGUUAAAAAAUUAUGGCUCAUAAAUUUUGGAUACAAUAGUUUUCAACAACAAGAAGAUUCAUUGGAAUUGUUGAAUCUGCACGUUUUCACAAAUCAUACAGGUACCAUGUCAGUAUGUUACAGUCAUCCUGUACAAAAUUUGGGAGAAUUCACUUACUCAGUGAUUCUUCUGCAUUAUGGUUGGAAGAAAACCUUUAUUGUUUCUUUGGAGGAAUCUGAUCAUUGCCUUACAAGUAAACCAACUUUCAUUAACAUUGGUUAUUAUGUAGCAGUUUACAUGCCGGGAUACUUUUUACACCUCAUCAAUACACAGCAUCCUAAUUUGGCUUGUCAUAGUUUAUUUCUGUCAGGGAACGAUGCCAAAGUGAGCCCCUGGAAUCAGCAACACCAUAUAUUGUCAUUGUCUGAUUUACUGCUGGAUUGUCAGUUUGGGAAAAUGUAUAAAGCUGAUAUCGACCCAAAGUUGUUGAUGACAUUCAUGCAUGACAAUAAACUGGAUUGUCAUCAACUCGCAGCAAUGCAUUGCGCAGUCUUGUAUCUCCAGAACAACUCAGAAACAGAAGCACAGAUUAUUCACUGGAUGUGUGGAUUGCCUGUUUCUGGCUCUAUUGAUCUUAUCCAGGAGUUCAUCUGUGGUACUUUGUACAAGAAAGCAAUCUCAGAGGCAAACAUUGUGGACAAACUGCUACCAUACUCAUCCUUAGUUAACUGGGAUGGGGAAAUUCCAGGAGUGACCUGCAGUACAGAAAUUAUUUCUCUGUCCGUUUUUAAGGAUACGAUUCAGAAUCUUAAGGGGUUUUGGGCAGAGCUAAACAGGAAUGUGGAAUUUGUGAAGAAUUUAGAAUGUUUUCAUAAUCCAUGGCACAAUAAUAGCUUAAGAAGAUUCAAAGCACAACUGUAUUCAGAAAUGAAAGUGGCUGAAAAGGCAAACCAACACUACAGAAAUAUUUUAGAAAAUGCCAAAACGAUACUUUCAAAAGUGGAUACAUGUUCCUCAGAGCAGAAAGCUGUUCCAUUAUUUCAGGAAGAAGAUGGCCACCAGAUGGUGCUGAUAGGACUGAUGGUUGAGAAACUGAAGGAAUACCUUAUGAAAUAUCUUCAUCAUAUAGGAAAGAAGAAGAUUGACAUGAUAGUUAACAACUAUGCUGUGAACUUGCUUGAAUGCAUCUGGCAGAUUAUAGACAAGAUAUGGAAAAAGUACAACCUCAACACUCACGUCCUGUGCUUGUCCAACAGAGAGAAAGUAAAUUCUGCAGAGUUUGUUGUAUUCCGCAUGAUGGCUCGUGUUUUGGAAGCUGCUGAAGGACUUGUUUUGCCUCUACCGCCAGGUUAUCAUACAGUUCACAUAACCCUUGGUGCACAAUGCCUGCCUUUAUACACUUUGCUGCAUUACAUCGAUCUUGGAGUGUUGCAUCCAACGGAACGUUUUGUUACCAAGCUGUUUGAAGAACUUGAUAAUUCUGAGGUGAACGAAAGAUUCAAGUUUAGCAUUGUGACAAGAAUUCCAGAGACAAUUGGACGGAAGAUAUGUCACCUCUGGGAUCAUCCAGUCUGUUCAUCCUGUUUUGCAAGGAUCCAUGUGAAAACACUCCUUACUGAACUUUACACCCAUCAGAAAUCAAGAGAUUUUUCCAUAAGAGAGCAGGCUCCAUUUGAGUCUGAAUUUUUGCCACUGACUUACCUAACCAGGGUCUUAACAGAGGUAGAGGAACAAGCAUUAAAUCGGUUAGAAGAGUCCGAAAAUGUGGAUGCAAAAUUUGUGGAAGAAAUAGCACUGAAGCAGACAUUAACAUUCCUGGGUCUUGAAAAUAAGUAGAAAUGUCAAGGAU